UUUUGUUUUUUGUUUUUUACAUAACUGGGACAAAACCAUCUCUGAUCUCUGUAAACCAUUCUGAACUUGAAGAUUUUAGAGGGGAACAGUGGUGUGCAUGUCAUGACCCCACGGGAGCAGCUGAGGAAGAUGACAGCGCUGGGGGAACAGGGCACCCUGGAUGAGAAGCACUGGUAUCGGCUGGUGAACGGCAUGUCGGCUGGAGAGCUGAGGCAGAGGCAGGAGAUGAUAAUGAGGAACCAGAUGGCCAUGGCUCCACAGAUCCUUGCCCAGGGGCAGCAGAGAUUACAGGGGGUCCCAACACAAUUCGAGUCCCGCUUCAUGGAAAGGGAGUUGGUUCCUUCUAAUGAAAUCGUUGCAUCAGAUGGAAGACAAAUGCACAUGGGACCUCACCUUGGUCCCCCUCUUCCUCCUCAUGCCAAUGUCCUACCUGGCAGAGGAUUUCCUGGACCAGCUGGCUAUGGCUUCUUGCCUUCAGAACCCAUGGAAACAGUUGCCCGGCGACAAGAGCUCAUACACAAGCAAAAUAUAGCCAGAAUGGAGAUGAACGCCAUCCUGCAUCAGAAAGAGCUGGAGAAUGCUCACCAGAAGGGACUUAUGGGAAUUGAUAAUCCUAUGUCAUAUCCCUCCAACCCCAUGCUGUUCAGAGGUCGUCAGCGCGUGCCAGACGGCCACGAUGUCUUUGUCCACCGUCCCUCCCUGGAUGACUUGCAUUCCAACAGUAUACUCAUGUCAGCCAGCCCUUACCCACCAAUCAGCACACUGCAGAGAGAAAGGGGCCGGCGGGCAGGAAGAAGGCCGACUGUUCACAAGAGUACAGACAGUCAGGUGUCCAACCUGAAGGGCCAGUCUGAGGAUAAGAGUGUGGAGCAAAGCCCAGAGGCUACAUCUGGAGAGGAGAAAGAAAUAGAAGCAAAAGGGGACAUGGGAGAGGAGUGCUCUGCCAGUAAGACGCACCAUCAGGCCAAAAUAGACUCGGAAAUCUCUACAGCAAACAGGAAGAACUACAAAGAGGGGGAGGCCGGCUUGCGCAAGGCCUGUGGAACCAAUCAAGAUGGCUGUUCAGAUGUGACCAACGGUGGUGCAAAUGAUAAAGAUAUAUCCAGCCAAUGUUCGGCUUUCCAGGAGAAAUUCAUGUACCCGUCCACUGGUGGAGCCCUGACAGGGAUGCCAUACAUGUUCCCUGUCCCUGGGAAUGGCUUUCUUCCACCAGGUCCACCAAAUCUCUUUAUUAAUGGUGAUGAGGCGCCAGAAGACAUAAGAAAGUGGACAGUGAAUGAUGUUUACAACUUUAUUAACAGCAUACCUACGUGUUCAGAAUAUGCACAGAUUUUCAAAGAUCACAUGAUUGACGGUGAGACCCUGCCCCUCCUUUCAGAGGAGCACCUAUUGGACACUCUGGGGCUCAAACUGGGACCAGCUCUGAAGAUCCGCUCACAGGUGUCCAGACGCCUCGGCACCAUGACCUACAUGAUGAACCUACCACUCUCCAGCACAACCCUACAAGCCACGCCUGAGAAACCCGGGGAGCGCUCCCCAGAGUUGGGCUCCCCUGUCAACUGCAACACGUCGCGCACUGACAAGCUGAGUUGGAGGAUCAUGGCGGAGCGCAGGAGGCACAAGAAGCGGAUCCAGGAGGUGAGCGAGCCCACCAAGGAGGAGAAGGCCGUGGCCAAGUACCUCCGGUUCAACUGCCCCACCAAGUCGACCAACAUGAUGGGCCACCGGGUGGACUACUUCAUUGCCUCGAAGGCCGUGGACUGUCUGCUGGACUCCAAGUGGGCCAAAGCUAAGAAGGGAGAGGAGGCGGUGUUCACCACCAGGGACUCGGCCGUGGACUACUGCAACAGACUCCUCAAGAAGCAGUUCUUCCACCGAGCUCUUAAGGUCAUGAAGAAAAAACCCGAGAAGGAGGUCAAGAAAGAGAAAGACGAGAAGAAGAUCAAGAGCGACAGCAGCAAAGAGGAGGAGAAGAAAGGGAAGAAGGAGAAAGAGAAAAAGAAGGAGUCUGAAGCUGUGGAAGCCAAGAAAGAGAAAAGCGACGAUAGUCCUGGAACCCCCAAGAAGAAGAAAGAGGUGAAGAAGAAGUUUAAACUGGAGCCUCAUGAGGAUCAGCUGUUCCUGGAUGGCAAUGAAGUGUACGUAUGGAUUUACGACCCCGUCCACUUUAAGACCUUCGCCAUGGGUCUGAUCCUGGUUAUUGCAGUGAUAGCGGCCACGCUGUUCCCGCUGUGGCCGGCCGAGAUGCGGGUGGGGGUGUACUAUCUCAGCGUGGCAGCCGGCUGCUUCGUGGCCAGCAUCCUGCUCCUCGCUGUCGCCCGCUGCAUCCUCUUCCUGAUCAUCUGGCUGGUGACCGGUGGGCGCCAUCACUUCUGGUUCCUCCCCAACCUGACGGCAGACGUGGGCUUCAUCGACUCGUUCCGGCCGCUCUACACCCACGAGUACAAAGGCCCCCGGGCCGCCGACAAGAAGGGCUCGGACAAGGCCGACGACAAGGACAGCAGCGCCUCGGCCAAGGCCCAGAAGUCCGACAGCGAGGACAAGUCCGACAGCGAGAAGAAGGACGCCGACGACGAAGAGGAGGACGAGGAGGAGGACACCAAAGAGGCGGGCGGAGGGGAGGGCAAAAAAGCGGAGGGGGAGGGCACAGAGGAGCGGCAGUCCGACACAGACAGCGACCGGCGGGAGGACGAGGGCUCGCAGCACAGCAACGGAAACGACUUUGAGAUGAUCACCAGAGAGGAGCUGGAGCAGCACACGGAGGAGGACGAGGACGAGGAGGACGAGGACGAGGAGGAGGAGGAAGAUGAGGAGACGCAGACGAGGAGCGAAGGGAGCGGGAGCGAAACUAAACCCCAGACUGCUGAAACAUAA